CCAUGUUCGAGUUUGAUCCCCGAAAUUUGUUUCCAUAACAUAGUCCCUUCAGCCAGAUUGUCUCUGUUUCCUUCAUCAUCAUCAUCAGCUCUGGUUGUGAAAUGCAGCAACAAUGGCAGCCCAGCUAGUGAUGAAGGGAGUUUGAAGGAUAUCUUGUCAGGUAUGGUGGAUGAGAGAGUUGAGCAACUUUUGAACAAAGAGGAGAACAAGGCUCUUUUACAAGGACUGGAACAAGCCUCUUCUAGAGUUGAAAUUGCGAAGAGGCAGCUUGCUGAGAUUCAAAAGCAAGAAGCAGAGGCUAGGGUUAUGAGGGAAUAUAUUGAUCAGCUUGAAUCAAAGGCAUCAGAGAUUGCUGAAUGCCAGAAAGAAAUCUUAGAAGCAAGAGCUAUGGUGGAAGAAGCAGAGCUAUCAUUGAACUGUGCUUCAAAAGAAAUGGAAAGUGGAAUGUCGGACAAAGAUAAGGAGAGACUGCAGUCUGUUAUAGCUGCUUCAGUAUCAGCUGUUAUUGGCACUCUUGCAGAACUUCCUAUUUCUUUGUCCCGGGUUACGAGCAAUACCCAAUUGAUACUUCCUCUGGCUAUCACCUUUGUUAGUUGUGCAUUAUUCGGAGUAACUUUCCGCUAUGCAAUCAGACGAGACUUGGAUAAUUUUCAGCUAAAAGCAGGGACAUCUGCAGCAUUUGGCUGUGUAAAGGGGCUAGCAAUGCUCGAAGCUGGAGCGCCGCUGGAGCUGAAUGGCAGCAGCAUUGUGUCCCAUGCUUUUGAUGGUGCGGUGUAUGUUUCUGAAAGUCUUUUGAUUUUUCUAUUUGCUGGAGUUGCUCUAGACUUUUGCAUAAAGUUGAGAAUCCUUAGUCCAUUUCCAAUUGAGAGAACAUAA